GAAGGAACGGAGCGUAGUGUAAAAACGUCAGUGACGUCAUUGCUAUGUCUUUUUGUCCUUGUAAAUAAAACUUGAAUUUUUAAAUUUACGCUCGGAAAGCUGUCGCUGAAUAAAAUUUAUAGUGUUCAUUGAUCGGCAUAUCAGAUGUAAUAUUUAAACAGCACACAGACCAAAUUAUCACUUUAUAAACAGUUAAAUAAUCACCCAAGUUUUGUGACGUGUGUUUUGGACUAGUGAAGUUAUCAAAAUGAGUAAACUGUGCAGACAAGUGUCCAUUGAGUCCCCCGGGCCGACACUCAGGGAAUGUGUGUUCAGUUUUGACGUACCUGUCCCUGACGUUCCCAUGUACGGUGCAAGGAUCCGAGUGGUGUACGCCGGAGCCUGCUACAGAGCGAACAAAACUCGCUCUGCUUCAGUCUGCAGCACUUCCUCCAUAUCUUCCAUAGGCAGCCUUUCGGGAGAAAUGGAGAACUUCGGUAUCCACACUCAUGCCACUCCUGCCCAUAUCGGUCUGAGAGACGGCGCUCUGUUUCCUGGUUACGAAGUAGCAGGUGUGGUAGAUGCCAUUGGCAAAGCUGCGGAAAGAUUAGAAGGAAUCAAAGAAGGGUCUAGAAUUGUUUUGUAUCCUUACGAAGGUGUACCUAAUGGAUAUGCGGAAUACAUCGUCGUACCAGAUUUUAAAUGUUUAGUACCCAUACCUGAUCAAUUGCCUCUGAGCGUGGCUGCCAUGCUUCCCACUGGUGCCUUAUUAGCCACGAAUACAGUGGCUACGGCUGGAGAGUGUUUGAAGAAGGUAUUGGAUGGGCCAGCGAAAAAGGAGAGCACGACGGUGUUGAUUGUUGGAACUGGGGGGUUGGCGUUGUGGGCGCUGCGCAUUGCCACACAUUACUUUAAACAUGCUUCGUAUAACAAUCGCAUCAGGAUAUGCGUGGCUACCCUCAAAGACGAAGGAUUUAUUUUGGCGAAGGAAUGUGAAGAGGUAAAAGUAGUGCAGUGGAACGAAGAUGCGUAUGAAAAACAGCUCAUAGAGAGGACUACAGAUGCAUGUGGUGGACCAGUGGACGUGGUGCUCAACUUCGGUACCACUUCAAGAUCACUCCACAGAUCUUUGCAGUGUCUUGCUGCGGGUGGUGUGGUUCUUGUGACUGAAGAUGUAGGAGAAAAGCUUUUGCCCAAGUUCGCAAAGAAAGCUGAGGAGAUGAACGUGCACAUAGAAAUUGUUCCCAACGGAUCUAUAGAACAGCUCAAAGAACUGGUGAAUCUGGUAUCUGGGGGAGAAAUCGAGCCGCCGCCGCACUCGGUGUUCCCAGCGGAGGAGGCGCAGGAAGUCGUCAGGAAGCUCUGUAACUCCGAGAUCACAGGGAGGGCGAUCCUCAAGUUCCAUAACAUUGAUUAAUCACCCACGACUACUGUCGAGACAUUGAGACACGUUAUAUAUUUGCUUAGAUUAGACGGUACGACGUAGCACGUAUAGUUUAGAUCUGGAGAGCGGACGCUGGGGAGUCGGAGUCUCUCCUGCCCUGUUGAAGGGCGAGGAGUACCCUCGCCCUGCUUUGGGCUGGUACCGGCUAACCAUCAAGAACUAACCAUCACUUCAGAAGCACGUGAAUCACGUGAAGCUGGAUUGUCUCCACCCCAACAGCUAGAAGGUGACGGUGGCAGUGGACACACUGACUGCUGAUUUUUUCAUUAGAGUUAAGUUUAUGCUAUCAUUAUCUACUGUAAGAUUCUUCUAAUUAUAGCUAAAACCAAAGUAAUAAAAAUUGUAUAUUAAUCGGUCUAACUUUUUCCUAACUUUUUUCCAGUUUCCAUAAUUUCGCGAAAGUUACUUUUUCUCUCAAAUCAUAAGACAGUUCAUAACUGUCUUUUUGGCAUGUCUACAUGGAUGUUGGUGUAAAAUUACUCGAAACCUACGAGGGACGCAGGAUUUUAAAGAAAUUCGUCCUCAGCUUCAUGCGAAUUCUAUUUUUCCUUACAAUUAUAUACGCAAAGCGAAUAACUUUCCGGCCCCUAGCAUUUACUGCUAGCGUUUACGUUGGUAUAACAUUGGUCUUUCUAAACUGCUAAGCGGGCCACUCUUUACCAGACUGUCACAUCAAACAUCCGGAAAGCAUAUUUUUGAUACUACUCUUCUUUAUCACACAAAUAUGAGUUUCAAAACCCUUCUGUCCAAAAUUUGGAAGAUAAUUGUUAAGCGUAUCACCAGUUUUAUUUAAUUUCUGAAUCAAGGUAGUCGAUUCCGCCUGAUGGCUGUCACUUGCAAAGCUUGUUCGGCUGUAGCACCGAGCGUUGCAUGGUGGCUAUCAAUUGCAGUGACUCAGGACCCAGUCAACGGAACUACAGAAGUUUACUCUUUUUUGGAAAUCGUUAUUAUAUUACCAAACGAUGCUGAGCCUUUGGUUUAAAGCUUUCUGAAAACUACACGAACUUUGUACUCUUUUAAUAUUUUUACUUUUAGAAUAGGUAUCGUAUACUAUUAGAAAUCUUUAUUGUAAGCAAUUUAAUUUAAAAGAAAAUGUCUAUAUAUAAACAAAUAUCAAAACUAUAAAUCUUGCGGCGCUAGGAACGGACACUUAAAGAAUAGAAAUAUUGUUAAUCAUUUUUUGAUUUAGCAGGAAAGUUAUAAGAUUCAAUUUGUAUCCUGCAUAGUGUAGAGAAUCGUUGAGAGCUAAAAACAACUGAAGUAAGUUGUCAAGUGAAGUGCAAUUCAUAGAUGUAAGUUAUGUCAUGAAUAUUUGCAUCAAUAUAUCUAUGACAAUAUGUAUGUGGUGGUUAUCGAAUUUCAUCUAACAGUGUAGUGCAUAGCCUAGGAGGCACUUUAUCAGAAUACGAAUUUGGUCAGAUACACUUUGAAAUAUACCUCAUCGGACAACGAAGUAGCUCACUUUUGUCUAACCAAUGAUGACGCACGCAGGUAUAAUGCGCUGCACAACUGUCAAAAAGCCAUUCGUCAACGUCGAUUUAGACAAAGAUUAAUUCGGUGCUCUGCACCCGAUACAACGACAACUGUAUUUGAAAUGCAAAACAUUAAAAUCGAUAAAAGUCAGAAACAAAAUUAGCAUUGAUGGUUAAUGUUACAGUGAUGAAGGCGCGUAUUCGGAUCAGGCGCAACUCACCAAAAAUUUAUAUAACAAUACAAGUACCAAGAUCUUUAUUCUAUCGGAUCCAUUUAGGGCGCGGAUCCGAAUCAUCUCUUCUUGUCUUAUUACGAUUGUUUCGAGGCUUGUUUUCUCAAGUUCCAAUGGGGAUUAGAACGCAGAAAUCAAUUUUGGCCGCCCUACGAGUUUUAAUAACUACCUAUCUGUCUUGGGGCAUGAUUUGCCAAAGUGCAUUGACCUUAUGAUGGCUCUGCACUGCUAUCCACGUGACAUACAUAUCCUAAGUAGUGCCGCAUUGUAUGUAGAGACAUUUUCAUCUGUCCUAUCGCACAAAAAUAACAUUAGUCUGAAUGUUUGAUCUCAAAUCGGCUUUCAAUAUCUCCAAAUAUAAUUUCUGGUGAUUAUCGCUGUUCAGGGUAUUAAAUAGUAAUGAACUAAACACUAACAGUAGUAAGUAAUUAAUAAGUAAGUAAAUAUAGUUUUCGCAACUUCGUAUGUAUCAUAGCAGAAAAUAUUUUCCCUGCACCUCAUUUGCUCAUUUCGUUUUUAUACUGUCUUAUAUCACUUACUUUUUAGCCUUUUUAGGUUUUCUUCCGUAUCCAUUAAAUCAAUUAACGUAGCAUUUUUUAGAAGUACUAUUUAGUUAUUCGGUACUAUAUAUAAAUAGUUUUUAUUUUUCGCCAUUUGACUUGCCUUUUCAGUUAGUUUAGAUGGUUCUGUACAAUUUAUUAAUGUCAUAGUAUAAAUUUUUCAUCGGUUUAAUAUGUCUAUAUUAAGACACACUGUGCAUACUGUUUCUUCAUACCUUAACACUUUUCCCCGUAUAGUGACAUUAAUAAAUUUUACGUAAUUUAUAAAUAUUUAGUUCAUAUUUAUGCUACGGAUUAACCUACGCGACAAGAGCCGGGAGCGUGUCAAUAGUGUCAGAAAAGUAUUUUUAGAACCAUAAAAACAAAUAAAAAUAAAAAAAAAA